AUGCGUUGCGUAUCGGUGUGCAAGGGUCGUGAUGUACUUUUGGAAACACGAGAUGGACGGAAGUAUGAAGGCAUUUUUGCGGGUUGUUCUCAAGAUUUCGACGUAGGUCUGCGAUUAGCGCACGAAUUACGCUCUGAUGAUGUGAAUCAACUACUGCCACUUAAGAGCAAUGUUAUUGAGAAAUUGGCAUUUGGUCCUGCUGAUGUGCUGUGUAUGUCUGUAUUGAUGCAUGAUGAAAAACGAAUUAAAGGUUUUGCAACAGAUCAGGAGUACCAGAAGACAGCGGCUCGAAACGGUGUGUUGGAGGAUGGUUUGGAGAUGUCGAAUGAAUUCGAAGUGUGGGAAGCGGAUGGGAAUGACGAUGAAGAGUUGGAGGGUGCGGUGGAUGCGAAAGGGGGGUUGCGAGUGGCGGGCACGGGCAGUGAAGGGAGCACGGGGGGAGGGUGGUCCGUGGACGACAUGUUCAACGCGAACAACGCUCUCGGCGUGAAGAGCACCUUCGAGGACAAUCUGUCGCAGUACACAACUGCGAACAUCGAGGGUGACGGAGAGGCACGACUGCGUGCCGAACGGAUCGCGCAGGAGAUCGAGAUGAAUCCGGCGAGUCGUGCUCGGGCACGCAUGGAGAACGACGACGAAGAGCGUGAUCUGAACAAAGAAACGCCCGAGUUCCAGGUUCAUUCGCAUCGAAAGAAUCAAAAUGCCGCAGGUAGGAACAAUUAUUCGAGUAAUCCUCGAGGCGCAGGAUUACAGAGCGGGGGUGGGUCAAAUCGGGGUGGUGGUCAUGCGAUGUCAGGAAGACGUUCGGAUGGUUCUGGGUCUGGACAGAGACAAGGUCGUGGUGGGAUGCAUUCGGGUGGAGGUUCGGUUGCUAAUAUGGGCUCGAACGCCACGUCGCGAUCGUUCACGAAUUCUUCGCUGACCUCAUCGUCACACUCAGUGAAAGGAGGCUCGGCGGGUGCUGGUGUCAUGUCGCAAUCUGCCACUGGAGGAUCGUCCUCCACUCAAGGUGGUCGAUUUCAACCUCCUCCCGAAAGACCGUCAGCUCAAGCGGUUCAUAACGAAUUUGGACAGUGGUCGGAGAUGCGAACGGGAGGUGCGAUAACGGCGGGUGGUGGUGUGAGUGGUCAGAAGAUGGGUAACGCCCGACGUUCUGAUACGUCCUUACAACAGCAAUCAAAUGCGAAUAAAUUGUACGAUGCAAAUCACCGAAAUAACGCCGCCAAUCAACACACUUCGCAUUCAUCUGUAAAUAGAACUAGUGGAUCUCAGACAGCGAUGAAUAAAGGAAGUAGUAGUGGAGCGGUAAAGGGUGGUGCUCAAACGGAACGUGUGAAAGGACUGCGAGACUUUCAUCAGAAUUUCAACAAUACGUAUCAUUCGAAUGCACAAUCACAUGAGGAACAGCAGAAGGGUUUAUCAUCGAAUGUGGUCGCACCAGUGCCGACCACUGCAGCAAAAACGACGAACGCAUGGAACAAAGGACCUCCAGCCAGUAUUCGAUCGGCAGCAGCAGCAGCAACAGCAGCAGGCACUCAGUCUCAACUCAUUUCUGCAGGCGUAACCCCUCAUGCCGUCCCUGGUGCUGCUGCCACUGCAAAUCAAACACUGAAAUUAUCACAGUCUAGCGAUCAGCUCAGAGCUGCAACCCAGCAAGCAGUAAAUAAUCAACCUUCGGCCUCAUCACAACCAACCACUCCGCUAUCUUCAGUGCCCUCAUCCCAAGCACAACCACAAACUAACCGAACCAAAACUCCUCCGUCCUCAACCACCACAUCAACGAAAGUCAUCGCAACGGAUCGAUCUUCAGACAAAUCUAUUCCUACGGAUUCCUCACAAAGCCAGCAUAAACCAACCGGCAUCCCUCCGACUGCUGCUGCAGGCACAUCUCAGAAGAGUGCACCCGCAACUUCGGCAUCCGCCUCAGUCGCCAGGGGAUCCACUCCUCCGAGCCGCACAACGCCGUCAACAUCUCCAGUGCAAAGCUCAACUGCACCCGCACCAACAACCAUACCAUCGCAAGCUAGCGCACCCUCAACAGGCACGGGUGCAGUGAUGGUGUCGUCAAGUCAGUCCGCUCAGCAAGCGCACUCGAAUGCCGGCACCCCGACCCCGACCGUGCUCUCGGGAACAGCGUCGUCCUCAUCGAUUGCUCCGAUCGAUCCCACUCCGACCGUCACAACUGCAGCUCCGGGUAGUGGAACCACUAGUGCAGCUUCAACAAUGAGCACAGCUCAAACAGUAACUGCAGCAGUAACGUCAACUGCCAGCAGCUCUGGCGGUGGCGCAGUGAAAAAGUUCGAGUUCAAUCCGGAUGCGCAGCCAUUCACACCACGUUCAAUAGCGACGGCUCAAGGGCUUGGAUUGGUCGGUGCGGGAGGCUUGCAGGGCAUGCAGACGCUGCAAGGACUCACCGGUGGUGUUGGCAUGAUGCAGGCACUCGGCCAGCAACAAGCUCAGGCUCAGGCUCAAGCUGCGGCAGCCGCAGCAGCCGUUUCACUGCAGCAACAACAACAACAACAGCAACUCGCCGCUGCUGUUCAGCAACCGCUCCUCGCCGGUGUCACGCCGCACAGUAACGCCACGGCAGCAGUGCAUGCGGCAGCUGGUGUCAACGCGAUCGCACCUCAGACCAUUCCCAUCGCACAGGGUCUUCAACCAGGUCAACUGGUCGCGCAUGCAGCCCCACCACAAAUGUUUCCGUAUGCAGCAGGUGCUGGUGUGUACGGAACUGCAGUACCUGUUUAUUACGGUGCUGCGCAACCGAUGAUGCAGGCUGGUACGGCGCAAAUAGCACCCGGUGUGAAUGUGACUAUGAGUGGUGCACCAGGUAUGGGUGGGGGUUCGAUGGGACAGGGAGGUGGUGCAACUCCGAGGGGAGUAGCACAGCUGGGAGGCAUCUCUAACGCAUCGAACGGAGCAGGAGGAGCUCGUAGGGGACAGCAAACACUGCAACAACAACAGCAACAGAGCCAGCAGGCCCAGCAACAACUCAUCCAGAGUGGUGCGGGCAUGUACGUCCCUGCCGGGCAAAUGGCCGCAGCUGCUGGCUAUCCACAGCAAAUGCUUCAUGCGGCGCAGUAUCAGGUUCCAUUCUACACGACCACGCCGUAUCAACAAAUGUCGUUAGCAUCAGCAAACGUGCCCCCUCCUACGGUCCCUCCACCCACGUCGUCUUCAGUCGCCGUGGCCGGAGCACCUCCACAGUCGUUUCAAGUUGUUCAGGCGCAAACACCACAUCAACAAGCUUUGUAUUCUCGACAGUUAUAUCAGGGUGCACAACCUUUGCAAUUUCCGAUCUUCUCAGCCGCGCAAACGGCUGGUAGUUAUGUGGUGUAUACAGGAGCUGGAGGGCAUCAGUCGAUGAUGCAGAUGCACCCACACCCAUCCGCAUUACAGACUAAUCCACAUUCUCAGAAUCAAACGGGACAUCAUGGUCAUCCACAGGUGAAUAAUAACGGUAGCAUGGAUCAACAACAGUCACACAGUCAAAUGAAUUCGAGUGGAGGCACAGCAGCACCGCAGUCGUAUGCGAUCACCUCGGAACAACAACACCAACUGCAGCAGUUCGUUCAUCCGCAGCAAAGUGCAGCGAUAUUUCAACAGCAACAAGCGGCAGUUGUAGCAGCAUCGUUGGUACGUCAGAACUCGUUGAAUAAUGCUGCUGCGGCCGCGCAACAGAAUGCUUCUUAUCAAUCUAGUCAUCCGAAUGGUUGGUGGGCGUUACGAUUAUUUUGUGCCUUUUUGACUUCGUUUAGAUGUGAUAGUGAAUAUUAUUUUAUCGUUAUGAAUUUUUCAUAUUCUCGUUGA